AUGGUGCCGCACAUUGCAAGGGGCGUCAAGAAUGAUUCCUGGGUAGGUCCCAUUGAGUUGGGAUUAAGGGUGAAGAAAAGAAAAGCAAGUGAGAAACGUAACACACUUUUGUUAGCAAAAUCAAUGAUCGGGAGUGAACUUUGCAAAUCGGGUGCAACAUCAGAAAUAAUAACUGGACCUUAA